GCGUGCCGACGCGGCUCUGCGCAUUCUAGUCGCCCGUCCAGCUGAGCACCUCGAACGUCUCCUCCGAACGUCGUGAUUGAUUUCCCUUCGAUCGCAGUCGCAGCUGCUUACGAUGCACUCUGGCCGACUGGACCAGGUGCGCAGCAUGGUGCUGGCGUCCAGCAGAGCACCUCAUCUCGCUGCCAUCUCGGAGUGCGUCAGGACUGACGUCACGGUCGUCUCCUACAAGUAUGACGCCGCCUCAUUGGACCAUAUACUGCAACUAGUCCAAAGAAACCUUGGAAAAACACGAGUGGAGAGAAUCGCAAUGAUGAUGCACUGCUCAGAAACCGACAUCUUCUUGUCCUCUGUUGGUGGAAAGGUGUUGAGCGUAGUCGGCAGUAAAGUUGAUUCUGAUGUCAGGAUCUUCCUGAGACAGCUGAUCACAAUUCACAUGGACAGAACAACAGGUCGUUGUCGACUCGAUUUUCUCAGUGCCGCUCCAGCACUGCAUCCCAACGGUCUCUUCAUGGCCAAACAGCUGGAAAUUCUUCUUGGGGUUCCUGUUGGUUUGUAUCGAGAUUUUGAUGGUGCUGAUGAUGUUAGCCAGAUUUACUUUUUUGUUGAUCAGCUGAAGCUACGACUGCAGUCCGAGGAGAACAAGCUAGAUGGUUAUGAGAAAAUUCGUGUGGUGGGCAAAGGAGCAUUUGGCAGUGCAGUAUUAUAUCGCAAGGUUGCUGAUGAUACACUGGUUGUUAUGAAGGAGGUGAACAUGACAGAAUUAAAUGCAGUAGAAAGACAAGCAGCUCUCAAUGAAGUUCAAGUACUUUCCAUGCUUCAUCAUCCAAAUAUAAUCAGAUAUUUGGGAAGUUUUGAACGUGAAGGCAUUUUGAUGAUUGAAAUGGAAUAUGCAGAUGGUGGAACAUUGGCUCAGAUGCUCUCCCAGCGCACUGUUCAUCUUAAUGAGAGAGAAAUACUUCUACUGUUUCAGCAGAUUGUUAGUGCAAUACAGUAUAUGCAUAACCACAACAUACUUCAUAGAGACUUAAAAACUGCAAAUGUUUUCCUCACAAAGGAUAACAUAAUAAAAGUUGGCGACUUUGGCAUUUCAAAAAUGAUGUCAACUCGUGGACAAGCUCAUACUGUUGUUGGAACACCAUACUACAUCAGCCCAGAAAUGUGUGAAGGCAAACAGUAUGGACAGAAGUCUGACAUUUGGGCUCUUGGCUGCAUCUUAUAUGAAAUGGCAUGCCUACAGAAAACAUUUGAAGGUUCAAAUCUACCAGCACUUGUCAACAAAAUCAUGAAGGGGCAAUUUCAACCUAUCCCAUCAGGUUAUUCUGCAGGCUUUCGACAGCUAGUUCAUGAUCUUUUACAAAGAGAUCCAGUGUUUCGACCAUCAGCUGCUGAGAUAUUAGAGUCCAGACUACCCCCAUUACUGGACAAUGCUCUCAAUACAGCAUCAGCAGUAAACGUCUCAAGCAGCAGCAACAAAAAACAUCAAAGAUCAGUCUUGUAUGACCUGAGAAUAUUUGAAGAUAAUAUUGCCAUUACUCCAAUUCAGUUGCCUCCAAGAAGUCACAUAAAAGAAGUUGCCUGCAGUAACACACAUUUCAUUGUGCUUACCUCAGAGCUUGUUGUUUACACGUGGGGUGAAGGAAAGAAAGGACAACUUGGCCAUGGUGAUACAGAGCUGUGGAAGUCACAGCCAGAACCAGUUGAAGCUCUUAAAGGAAAAUCCGUACACAGAGUUGGAGCAGGAGAUGGCUACAGUGUAUUUGUAAGUGACUCUGGAAUGCUAAUGACCUGUGGAGAUGGCACAUUUGGUUGUUUGGGUCAUGGUGACUGGAAUAAUUGCUUGCGACCAAAGCUUGUUGAGAAUCUGCUAAGUGUUGAUGUCAUCAUGCUAGCUUCUGCUGCUCAGCAUGUUGUGAUCCUCAGUGCAGAUGGUGAUUUAUUCUCAUGGGGAAGAGGUGAUGGUGGAAGACUAGGCAUUGGAACUGAGGAUGAUCGAUGUGAACCACAACAAGUGCCUCUGCCAAGGGAAACAGUAGUCAGGUCUGUGCACACUGGUGUUGAUUGUACAGCAAUUAUUACCACAGAUGGUUUUCUGCUUAGUUGUGGACGUAAUACUCAUGACAAGCUGGGAUUUUCUGUCAAGGAAAAUGAUGGCAAAAUAUUAUUGCUGAAAAGAGUGAAAAGCAUUCCAGCCAAGGUUCAUGAUAUUUCACUGGGUCCCAAUCAUACAGCUGUUCUCAUGGAUAAUGGUGCAGUAAUAACAAUGGGGCGCAAUGCAGAGGGGCAGCUAGGAAGAGGACAUUGCAGAGUAACGGGGCCAGCUGCUGUCAAGGUGUUGGCAGACAGGGUCAUUACCUUUGUCAAAUGUGGUCCAACGUAUACUGUGGUAGGCACAAGUGAGAAUGCUGUGUACUUCUGGGGAACAAGAUUUUUUGCACCUGCUGGCAUGGAUGGAAAUAAGACAGCAGAUGCCUCUGCAGCAUGGCACACAUCACAGAGAGGAUCUCAUUAUUUCACAGCAUUGAAUGCCUCCACUGUUACUAACAGUCAACAGUCAGAAUUGAUACUUGAACCCCAAGAAAUACUUGCACUCUAUGCAUCUCCAAAUCACAUAGAGAAAGGACACUUGCUUACUCUCUGUGGCCUCUUCCCACUAAGGGUCAGUGUGAUGGUUUUGGUGGAGACUACAGCACCACUUGGUCAUGUUCUGGCACAAGAUGCAGAUAGUGAUAACUCUGCUGAUGAAUCUACAUAUCAAAACAACCUACAACAUCGUAAUUCAUUGUCUUCUGCUGAAUAUGACAGCUUUGGACCGAUUCCAGAUUGGAUAAAAGUUGAACUGGCUCAGUCAGAAAAUGCAUGGAAGGGGUAUCCUGAAAACUGAAGUGAAUGUAAGAAAAAUUGUUUUGAUAUUAACACAAUUUAACUGUUCUUAUUCUGUAAAUUCUGUAAACUAUUCACUUGUAUUUUGAACCUAUUUAAGUAUUACAUGAAGUAAUUAAUGACACUGUACAUCAGAUUGCCUACCACAAUUGAUGUAUCAAUAACAAAUCUGUUGUAUGAUCACUUGUGAAAUAAAUGGUCAAACUUA